UUUAUUCUCGUAUUUAAGACGAUGUGGCGUGAAGCAGUGUUCAGUCUUCGCCAUGGAUUUGAGGGUGGUUAUUAUAGGUGCGGUGCUAGGCGUGGCGGCGGCGGCGCGGCGCUUCCCCGCCGGGUUCAAGCUGGGCUCCGCCACCGCCGCCUACCAGGUCGAAGGCGGCUGGAACGCCAGCGACAAGGGCGAGAGCAUCUGGGACCGGCUUGUGCACUCCAGGCCGGAGGCCAUCAGCGACAACAGCACCGGCGACGUGGCCUGCGACUCCUACCACCGCUGGAGGGACGACAUCCAGAUGCUGGUGGACCUCAACAUGGACUUCUACAGAUUCUCGAUAGCCUGGCCGCGAGUGCUGCCAACCGGGUUCCCAAAUCACGUCAGCAAAGACGGCGUGCGGUACUACAGCGACCUGAUAGACGGGCUGCUGGAAAAAGGCAUAGAGCCCUUGGUCACCCUGUACCACUGGGACUUGCCGCAGCCUCUACAGGACUUGGGAGGCUGGACCAACCCGCAGAUCGCAGACUGGUUCGCAGACUACGCGCGUGUGGUCUUCGAGCUGUUCGGGGCCCGCGUGAACACCUGGCUUACCAUCAACGAGCCACAGGCAAUCUGCGAUGGCGGGUACACCGGCGUGCUCGCUCCGGGGUUGCAGUCCGAGCAGCGGGGAGCGUAUCUGUGCACGAAGCACGUGAUGCUAGCUCACGCGAAGGCCUACAGGCUGUACGAGAAAGAAUUUAAGCCUAAAUAUGUAAGAGGGCAGGUGUCGCUCACCAACCACAUGGUGUGGUACGAGCCGGAGACCGAACAGGACGCCGAGCUCACGGAACUCGUGAAAGACUAUGCGAUCGGUCGCUACUCCCACCCCAUAUUCUCGGCUGCGGGGGGCUGGCCGCCGGCGCUGGAGCGCCACAUAGCACAGAAGAGCAGAGAAGAAGGCGAACCGCGCUCCAGGCUACCACCCUUCACACAGGAGGAGAUCGAGCUGAUCAGGGGCUCGUACGACUUCUUGGGGCUGAACCACUACACGACGAAGACAGUGCGCGCGGUGCCGCCGGGCGAGGAGGUCAGCACAACCGUCUUCGGAGGCUUCGAGGAGCUGAGGGCCAAGCUCGGCGCCCGACCCGAGUGGCCCGCUGCCACGUCCAGCUGGCUCAAUAUUAAUCCCGAAGGUUUCCGCUCCCUCCUGUCGUACGUCAAGCAGCAGUACGGCAACGUGAAGAUCUUCAUCAUGGAGAACGGAGUGUCUGGCUCCGGAGAGGAGCUGGAUGACCAGGCCAGGGUAGACUACUACCGGAACUACUUAGCACAGAUGCUGCUGGCUAUGGAGGAGGACGGAGUGGACGUGGUGGGCUACACCGCCUGGUCGCUCAUGGACAACUUCGAGUGGAUGGAUGGAUACCAGUCUCGCUUCGGGCUGUACCACGUGGACUUCUCGUCGCCCAUGCGUACGCGCACGGCGCGUCGCUCUGCGCGCUACAUGGCGGCCGUGGCGCGCACCAAGGACAUCGACGCACAAUACCACUUCGACAAGAAGGCGGACGAAGGGCAACAUACUGUACAAUUUUGCGUGCGAUUAUCGUUGCCCGCGCCCCUCAAGACCCAACCCCGACUUGGACAUGAAUUCAAUAUCUCGUUUCACGAGACUAACUGA